GACGGACUUGUGGCAUAGAAACAAGGAGCAUUCAAUUCACCAAGACCAACAACUAACGAGGGGCGAGAACACUAGAGAUAAGAGCUUGUGAAGGCUCGAAUCAUGUAAAACUGAGCGAUAUACUCUGUACUAGAUGAUUUCAUGGCAGGAAGCUCUUUGGCUCUCUCGCAGGUAAUCACGUGAUCCAGCGUCACUGGUGGCUGGGGCAACACCAAAGCUUGGGAAUUGCGCUGCCUAGCGCGUUUGCUUACUGAACAUCGUCAGGUUUGCGCCGCUUGCGCCGCUUUGAAUCGCAGAUUCAAUUUUUCUCCAAUUAUCAAUUGAAUUGAACGAUUACGACGAUGCCGCCAGCACUCAGCGACGAGGAGACCUCGGACUAUGAGACUGCGCAACCCAUCAAGUCUCCGCGCAAGUCAACCUCGAUAUCCAGCGACACAGGCGACGCGCACGACGCGCUUACACUACCCCGGAGAAACGGAAGACCUAGUAGGAAGGAACAGAAAGCGUCGACUGGCGUAGAGGUGGGCGUAUACGCGGAAGUGGACCCAGAGGACGAUGCGGAGAACUCUGAGGAAGAGCUCGACGAUGAUGUGUUCAUCGUUGAAGCAAUCAAGAAGCAUAUGAUCGACGAAGAUGGAACGUUGAAAUUUCACGUCAAAUGGGAGGGAUACGAGAAAAAGUCGGACAUGACGUGGGAGCCCGAGGAGAAUUUACAAGAAUCAGCAGGCGAUAUUCUGUCUAGCUACCUCGAAUCUAUAGGCGGUCGAGAAAAGAUAUUCGAGGAAACACACGAGGCUGCCAAAGGCAAGAAGCGCAGCCGUACGACCGGCACAGCGCAAGCUGCCAAUACAAAGCGCUCUAAGAGAAACGGAACACAUCCUAGCGAAUCGGCGCCCCCGGCGACAUCGGAUAAAUGGAGUCCUCCAGCAGGAUCGUGGGAGGAUGAAAUCGAUACGAUUGACGCUUGCGAAGACGAAGGCAGCGGGCGGCUCAUUGUUUACCUUGUGUGGAAAAACGGACGUAAGACGAAGCACGACACAAAGGUCAUUUACAAGAAGUGCCCGCAAAAGAUGUUGGCAUUUUACGAACGCCAUGUGCGGAUCAUCAGAGAAGAGAAUAGGCAGUUGACUGAAUGAAGAGUUACAACGCUCACGUGAGAAGACGUUGGAAAGGAAUGAAGAGGGACAAAGUAUUUGGUUCCCCCCCCUCCCUGUCUCGUGAAUGUGCUGCGCAGGAUUGACCUUUUUUUCCCCCCUACGCUUCUACACUUAUCAGAUGAGGGCCGGCGUAUGUGGAUUGUUUUGGGUCUAACGUUUAUUUAAUCUUCGUCUCUGUUUUCUCACAGGCCACGAUUUCGGAAUUAUAUUGGUUUUUGCCAUUAGUGUCUACGCGACUAGCUUC